AUGCAUCGGGAUUUGAAGCCGGGGAACAUUCUUCUGGAUCGGAGCGGGCAGGAGCCAGGCAUGGCUGCGCCAUCUUUUCAAGCGCCAGAUGUGGCAAGAAGUCCGAGGACACCGAUGGCUGCAAAGCCCAAAGCAGGUCUAGCAUUGAGUGCCAGUAUCUAUGCCGGCUGGCAGCUGCACCAGGCAAUUCGGGCUGAGGAAGAUCCAUGGCAGCAUCAUUUGGGGCAGGAUGCCCAGUUGCUGGAGCUCGAGCGCCACAAGCUCCUCCACGGCCGCCAAGACAAACAAUUUAUUUGGCAGACCUGCACAGGUCCUGGCAAGAUAGAGGAAUGCAAGAUCUACCGGUGCGCGCGUGGAGAAGUUGAUCGUGAAGUCUCCCUUGAUGCGCCUGAGGUUCUCGAGGGGAAGACCCGCAUUUGUGCUGUCCUUCACGUCGGACAUGAACUCAAUGGGCAUCCCGGAUUGCUGCAUGGUGGCUUUACAUCUGCAAUCUUAGACGAUUUCACAGGCUUAGCUACUUGGAUGGAGAAAGACGCUCAGGACCUUGGCCAAGAUGCCAAGAUCUUCACGGCGCAUUUGGAUUUGAGCUAUCGACGUCCUUUGCCCGCCAACUCAGAAUACCUGGUGGAGGCUAACGGAUUACAUCGGCCCGAGAUGGUGCGUACCGCAGUCCAGAGCAGCUUUUGGGAGCCAGGCAAGCCUCGCCGCCUCCAGCGCGAGCCUCCGCGAGUUGAGUUGCUUGGGACGCCGUUGGAGGCGGAUGUCGACGCCAUGCAGGCACCCUAUGGGCACAUGUCCUUGGGCCAGUUGCCCAUCUCCUUGCCCACCUUGACCUUUGCGGAGAUGAUUCCCAACUGCCCACCCGUGCUGAACGACCUCUUGGAGCUCUGCUUUCAGGUAUGCUUGGUGGUGUCAGGUAUGCUUCGAGCUGUUCAAUGGUCGAUGGACCUGUGCGUUUCCUUCAAAUGA